AUGUCGUCAUCUCAACUGGUUCGCCGUAUUAUUAAAACAGCUGCAGCUGGACCUACUAGUGGACCAUAUAGUCAAGCUGUUCAAGUUGGUCAAACAUUAUAUUUGAGUGGAUCUAUUGGAUUAGAUCCUAAAACUGGUCAAUUUGCUGGUGAUAGUGUACAGGAACAAGCUCGUCAAUCAUUACAAAAUUUGGGUGAAGUUCUUAAAGCAGCAGGUGCAUCAUAUAAAAAUGUUGUGAAAACGAACGUGUUUCUUAAAGAUAUGAACGAUUUCGCUGAAUUGAAUGAAGUUUACUCUCAAAUCUUUACAGAUCGUCAUCCAGCUCGAUCAACAGUCCAAGUUGCUGGUCUUCCAAGAAAUGCAAAAGUGGAGAUCGAAGCAGUCGCUAUAUUAGGUGAUAUUCAAGACGAAUAA